AUGCAUCUUCCUCAACCUCUCUUAUCGUUUCCACAUCAACAACAGCAACAGCAACAACAAUAUCCUCUCGAAUACUCUACUCCUAUUCGUGAUCAACAACAACCACUCUACAAUAACAACUGUAACGAAAAGGAUUCGUUUCAUCAUCCACAUUCUUUGUUGGUAUGGGCCACCCACGAUCUCACAUCCAUGUCUUUAUGUAGUAGCAUGAGUGCCUCAAAUGCUUCAAGUAACGCCUUCGAUUCGCACUCAUUGUCGUCGUCGUCUCGAUCGAAUUCUCCACAACAACAAUUAUUACGACACGACACUUGUCAAAAGGUUCAACAAGAUGAGAUCUUUGAGAAUAUUGAUGAAAUGAUUCGUUCUUAUUACUGUUUGAAUACUGGCACCAAUGGAAUGGGAUCUCAAACAUUGAACCACACGCACAUGUACUCCACACCAUCUACCUCAAUGGAUCACUCAGAAGAAGAAUUAUUGAAACAAGUAUUUUCACAUUUACGCCAAGACAGUUCCUUCUUCCCAAUGCAACCACUCCAUCAAACGACAAGUAAUUUGUUACAAACCUCUUCAUCCAUGACCACUCCUCAUGAGAAUCCAAAUGGUUCAAGUGGUCGUGAGGACAUGGCCAUGUUUCAAUUAAUUGAUGAAGUACUUAAAGAUUGUCCUUCAUCGUUGGGUUUGAAAUGGUCUUCGAAUGCAAUGCUUCAACAACAACAACCAAGUGUAUCAUCCAUGACUUUAUUGAAUGUUUCCGAUCAAAAACAACUUUCAUCUUCUGCUAACCAUUUGAAGACAACAGAAUCUCAAUACUGCUCUUCUACUUCCACCAUGUCCCCUCAAUCCAGUCCUCAAUUAGGUCCCAUCAUGAAUCAUGGAAAAUCAUCUCAAAAGAAGACAUCUCGAAAGAAACAAGUGGCAAAAUCCUUGUCGACUUCUUCCUCUCCAUGUUUAUCCACCACUUCGACCUGUACCGAUUAUUCCACAUCGACUGCUUCUCCUUCACUUGGUAAAAUAUCAAAGCCCAACAAACUGUGCCGCAAUGGUAGUAAUAGUAACUAUCGAGUUCGAUUUGGGCAUAAUAUGUUUGAAGAAAUUACAUUUAAAAAGACAAAUCCAAAUUCAAAGUUUAUUAUUUUCAAAUAA